AUGGCUACAUUCCCCAUUUCCAGAUCCACAUUACCCUUUAACCUCUUAGUUCUUCUACUCCAUCUGCUCUGUCCCAUUUCCACUUUCUCGCUUGUAACCCUGACCAACAAAAACCCCAACUUCGAUCCCCAAAUUACCCUUCUCGGUGAUGCCAAAGUCUCCAACGAUGGCUCUCACGUGCUACUCACCAGCCCAUUUCCGUCGAGUUCUGGUCUUCUCAUGUACAAACACCCUUUCAAAUUUCCGAGCUUCAGUCCUGCCAAAGCGACAUCGUUUUCCACUGAGUUCUCGUUCUCCAUUUCCGGUAAAGGCAAUGGUCUUUCUCUUUUAAUGGGGUCUCGUAAUUUUGCAUUAAGAGUUCUGGGUCAGGGUAAAUCUGGGGUCUUGAGUGAGAAAAGUUAUCUGGGUGUUGAAAUUGGCUCUUUAAGUGAUAGUAAUGUGGGUGAUUUUAACGCAAGUCUUCUAGCUGUAGGUAUUAGCAAUGCAUCAUCAUCUGUGCGUUUAGAGACAAAUACUGGGGAGAAGUUGAAAUCUUGGGUCGAUUAUAAGGUGUCUUUGAAAAGAUUAGAAGUUAGGUUAAGUAAAGUGGGUGAUGAAAGGCCACACAGUCCAACUAUUGCAUAUUCAAUUGAUUUAUCAAAAACGUGGGGAGAUAAUGAGGUUUAUGUGGCUUUACAGUCAUUUAAUGGGAAAUCUUUAGAGACUUGUACUGUGUACUCAUGGAGGUUUAGGCUAAGAAAAGUGCCUAAUCGGAUGCAUUCAUUGCCAGCCGAUCCACAUGGUUAUGUGGAUGAGCCUAAUGAGGAAUUAAGAGUGCAUAAGAGGAGGUUUUGUCCCUUGUCAGUUCUUGCUGGGAUAAUUUUUGUGACUGGGUGCGGAGCGAUGUUGGCAUUUGCGGUUCUGUUUGUUUGGGCAGUUUUUGUUAACAGGCACACAGUUUUUCCAAGAGAGGGUAAUGUGAAGCCAGUUGAUUUCAAGUAUGAGAAAAUCAGUGUAGUUGUGGAGAAAGAUGGGGAAGUUGUUAAGAGUUGA